GCUCGCCACUACGCUGCGGAAAGUGGAGCUCGCGCGUCAGUUCUGGCCGGGCUGCCGUGGUGUGUGCACGUGGGGACUUUGGUCCUGCGGGACCUGGAACUUGUAUUGACUUGACUGGGGUACGCUCACACUCAGAAGCAAAAACACAGCGGUCAUGCUUCCUCACGGCGAAUCACAGACGCAUACCGGCCGUCGGCACAUAAAGAGUGAGCCGGAAGACAGCCUGGUUGACGAAGAUAUUUUGCGUGUGAUUAGAAGUGCAGACAAUUCGUCGACGCCGUACACAGAUGCCACACAGACUAAGAAGCACCCGCUGAACCACAUCAAGCGUCCCAUGAACGCCUUCAUGGUCUGGUCACAAAUCGAGCGCCGUAAGAUCAUCGAGGUCACCCCCGACAUGCACAACGCGGAGAUCUCCAAGGAGCUGGGCCGGCGCUGGAAGCUGCUCAGUGACGCGCAGCGCGCGCCCUUCCACGAGAUCUCCAAGAGGCUCAAAGAGUACCACCAGCGCGAGUUUCCCGACUACAAAUACCGGCCGCGCAAGAAGACGAUCAAGCCCGGUCAGACUAAAACCACCGAGAGGACGCGGUCCAAGGCACGAGCGGUAGCUUCGACAGGCUUCAAGGCGGUGGUGAACAACUCGGGAGCCUCGCGCUCCCGCAUCACACAGACGGCGGGUACCUUCGCGCCGGUCAACCACCAGAGGCUGAAGUUGAAGCUGACAAUCGACAGCAAGUUCAAGGAGAGCGUCAAGGGCAACAAGUCUGGACUGGUAUCGGUGACGCCCCGCUCCCCUGCUGCCACACCGCCUCCGCCUACUCAACAGCGCUCCAAGCGACCCUCCACGCCGGCGAAGCGGCCCUCCACGCCACCGAAGCGGCCGUCGAGCUCCGCCUCGUCCCGCUCGACACGCUCCUCGUCGGCACGCUCCAGUCCGACGGGCGUCCCGACGAGUCCGUCGACGGUGAUGCCCGACUCUCCCGAGUCAGCCACCAUGUUCGACGAGCCGGCGUUCACGGUGAAGACGGAGGCCUCGGACCUGUACGACUUCAUGGUUGGCUCGCCGUCCUCCACUUCGCCCGUCGAUCCGGUCGCCGACGACUCGACGCUGGUGAAGAGCGAGCCUCUGGAUCCACUGCGUGUCGAUCCGGAUGGCUUGGAUGAGUUGCUGCAGCUCAAGGUGGCUGACCUGGUCUCCGACCUCGACAUGCCGCUCGAGUCGUUCGGCGCAGAUCUCGACCUGGACAGUAUGUCAGUGGCCAGCAGCUCCGGCUCGCACCUGGAGUUCAAGUACGACUCGGAUGUGCUCUGCAGCCUGGGGGACUUCCGCGACCCGUGGGCCGACGAGCCGCCCUUCCGCGACCUCGUCAACUGCUGAACGCGGCGUGCGAGUGCGCUGUGGCCGCGCCGCGACGCGCGCGCGCGCGGCACGGCUGUGAGCGGGUGUUGGCGAACCGGUCUGCUUGUUGGAAGAGGCCUUACCUGUGCGUGUGCGAGUGUGUCUGGUUCCCGGGCCGCGCUUCAUCGCUUCCGUUAGCGUUGCGCUGGCAUAUCAAGUCGCGUCAUUGGAUGCCAACUGGGUCUCACUGGGGCACAAGCUAGUCGACAAAGCGCGACGCGGACGGCCCGCCCGUCCUUUUCGCACAGUUCCGUGAACGCCAAAUCAAACCCACUCCAAUAAUUUGGGCAUUCGUGGUGCGCCGCCCGUCCAUGUCAACUUCUCUACCUUCCGAUGCCUUGACACGAUCGCUUGUGCCAUGACUGUACCACAGUUUCCAUAUACGGUAAUAGCCCGCAGUACAAACACCCUCGAUCCCCAGACGAUCUCAGCGCGGCGGAGACGUCCGCCGGCGCACCCGAUCUAGUGGAUGCCACACUGACCUCACGCGCCACACGGAGCUUCCUGUGCGAGAACACGAUGUUUGCUGCAUGUUCGUUCACGCGCCGAGAGUGCGGCGUGGGCGGCGCGGCGGUGACGAGCGCGGCGCACGGCGCUCAGCCACAGGACGCGGCGCUGCGCGCCAUAGUUGUCUACACGCGCUCACCUCACGGGCACGAUCGCCGCGGCGCGCGCCCAACCUCACGCAAUAUGACGACGCGACACGCGCUCCAUGCCAAGUUGGGUUGGAAAAUCAAGUGCAAUCGGUAACUUGCUCAUACUCACGCGCGUCUGAGCCGAGCUGGUGUCUCUGCGCGCCGUUUCACGCCUCCGUCUCCGCCUCUGCGUGGUGCUGGCGCCUGUGGCCGCGCCGCCCCCGCCGCCCGGCUACCUUUUCGCUUUUUAAUGUCUCUCUAGUUGGGGCGCUGGCCGAGUGAGCCCGUCGCCCCCGUCAUUCGGUGUUUUCUCUUGGUGUUAGGUCUAGAUGGUGCUUUGGUGUGAGGGAGAGAGCGAGCGAGAGAGCGAGAGGAAGAGAGAGGGCGGCCCGCGGGCCCAGGGAGCGCCUGGCAAUGGUACACUACGGUUGGACGAUGGGUGGGUCGGCUGUGGCCUGCGGCCGGCGGCGCUGUGCCGGUCGGCCGGCCACCUCGGCGGCCACCCGGCGGGUAGACCGCUCUUACGGUGGGACCGGUGAGCCGCCACCGCGGCCACCGACAGCGCGCGCGUGCUACUUUGUGCUAUUCUUAGCGAACUGUUCUACCGUUUGUUAGUUUAUGUUUGUUGUUUUGUUAUUACCUGUACUUACAUUUUAUCUCUGCAAGUUCUCGUGAGUGGAGAGACGACCACCCGCCCGCUGCGUGGGCUGGGUUCUCGGGCUCAUGUCACCUCGGUUGUACCAUAUUUAUAGUGUGGAGCAAUAUUUUUCAUAAUAUAAAAUGAAAUGAAUGUGCGAGAGGCAAGUCCCAUCUACCCUGGGUAUAUAUACAUAGUCCUGUACAUUUUGUAUGGUAGUUUGUUUACAAAGAAAGAAAUAAAAAACACAUUACAA